AUGGAGGACUAUCAGGAAGCUUCUAAUUUGGAGCAGUUUGUGACUCGAUUUCUUUUGAAGGAAACACUGAACCAGCUUCAGUCCCUCCAGAGCAGCCUGGAGUGUGCCAUGGAAACCACAGAGGAGCAGACUCGGCAGGACAGACAAGGCCCAACACAACCAGAAGUGCUCUCAAUUCAAUGGCCAGGAAAACGCUCAGGUCGAAGGCUUCUGAGGAACAACAGCCUGUCACCAAAUAGCCCUCAUUUUAGCACAGGUUGGAUUGAGGAAGACAGCCAGUGGACAACCCAGAUAAACAGACUCCAAAACCUGAUUGACAGGCUGGAAAAGAAGGACCUAAAGCUUGUGCCAUUUGAAGAGGAAGUUUUGGAAGAAAAUGCAAAACCUCACAUAAUGAUUGUUCAACGUCAAAUGUCUGUGAUAGAAGAAGAAAGUGAGGCAUUCCGGCUUGCUCUGAAGCAGUACGUGGAAUCUGCUUCUACUCAGGGUGGCUGCCUGCAUGUUUCCAUACAGAAGCUUCCAAGUGAUUCCCGCUUCAUUGUUUAUGAGUUCUGGGAGAACAGCAAUGCCUGGAAUAGCCACCUUCAAAAGAAUUACAGCAAGACAUUCCAAAGAAGUAACGUGGACUUCUUGGAAACUCCAGAGAUCAUCACAACAAUGCUAGUCCCUGCAUCGUGGCGGGUUCUCAGUAACAACUAG